CUCAAAAUCAUCCCAAGAACUAUUCCCACUAAUUUUCAGUGACUAUAAAUGACUCAAGCAACGAAUGACCCGCUUCGACAUCUGGUGGCUGGGUAUCCCAAGCUAGCCGGGCAGAUGGGCAUAAUGCCUGAAGCGGCAAUGUUUCGCACAUUCUCGGCCCUCAAUGCUCGCAAUCUUCUUUACUUGCAGGCUGAACUCAUUUCCCUAGAGAAACAAUUACUAGACUCCGAAUCAAAUGACAGUCAGGAUGAGAAAAGGUCCCGAUAUGCGCUGGACUGGUUUUGGCUGAGCCAAUCGAAACAAAAUGAAGGGAACGAGAGUCAACUACAAUUGAUCUUAGAAAUGAGAAAGAAGCUCAAGGAAUAUAACAAGGCACUCAUUCAAGCAUCGACUCUAGCAAAUCUCAAAGAGCCAGAUAAAUGGGAUUUGAACUAUCUGCAGGGUUUUCUUAUGACUAAAGAAAUGGGAUCCCUUGCAUUGAUUGGGGAUGAUGCUACAACCUGGGGUUCCGUUACCAAUCCAAAGGGUUACUCAACCGAUCUUGUGGCACUUCGCCCUCGCCAGAAUGAAGAUUCAUUCUCGAACUGGGUUUCCAGAAGCGCAGUAAUAACUCUGUUUCGGUGCGGCUGUGCACGUUUCAAGAAGGCUUCAAGAGUUCAUGGAGACGUCGGAUUCGAAGACAGUACGAUCUUCCGUAUCACUUCCUGGUUUACCAGCAUAGUAGCUUCCCUCAUCCCGAUAGCAUCAAUCCUGGUACUUUAUACAGUACACUCGAUGAAAGCUCGGUUAGGAAUAAUCGCGGGUUUUAACCUUCUGAUAUCGACGUGUCUGAGCACUCUGACCAACGCAAAACGCUCUGAGAUUUUUGCGGUGACGGCAGCGUUUGCUGCAGUUCAAGUCGUAUUUGUCGGAACCAAUUAUAGUGCUUCUACGAAUGGAGCGGAAGCCUAAGAGACUAGAACUUUUCAAACCCCGGGAAAAGACUUCCUAGAGUGGAAAUAGUGAAUAAAAUGCAUGUCGGAAGUGGCACGAAAUGUGCGUCUUAUAUUCUUUCAAUGGAACGAAGUCAGGUUAUUCGAUAAUGAGCAAAUUGAACAAAUUGAAUGACACUGAGCGAAGCUAUAAGAAAAUC